AUGGGGAAAGUGGUCACAAGUAUCACUUUCUUGAAAGACCUUCCAUUGUAUCGUUCGGAGAAGCCAUAUAAUGUCCUCCUCGCUCAGCAAGACGACAAAAAUGAAAAUAGUCACCCGAUCAGCAACUUGCAAUUCGAAGACGUCGGGGGAAUUGAAGUUCACAAUCUCAGGGAAGCUGCCGACGAUUUUUCUUUGGACAAGUCGGGGUUUCAAUUACUUUCUUUCAAGAGCAACCAUUUACCCGUCGACAGUCACGACCUGGUCGAAGCUUAUCGUGCUGAGACGGAGACAUAUCUCUGUGAUAGAUUUGAUGCCCUUAAGGUCAUAUGCUGGGAAAUUCGCACACGGUACAAUCGACCUGUCGACCGACCCGUCAAUCUCGGCGAUGCGCUGGCAGCUGAAAUGCCUGCUGUUGGUGCUCAUAUCGAUAAUACUUUUAGGGGCGGACAGAAUGUCGUGCUAGUCCAUCUGACCGACGUGCAGAAAGCCGAGUAUCUUAACAAAGGCACCUGGAGGCCAUUGGUGCCUGUCAUUGAAGAUUCCCCGCUGGCAGUCUGCGAUUACAGAUCCGUUCGCAAGGAGGAUCUCAUUGCCUGCGACCGAAUUAUCCCAACUCGUGUCGGUGAGAUAUACUACCUGAAACAUAAAGAGCAUCACCAGUGGUAUUAUGCCAAAGAAAUGACCUGGAAUGAAAUGUUCAUGAUGGUCAUGUUUGACAGCAAGGAAGGCGUGGCAAGAUGUGGGUGGUUGCAUUGA